GGGAAAAAAAAAAGAGGCAAUAUAAUUUCCUCCGUUUUCCCCGAGAGCCGCUCUUCGAUUCUUCUAAUUUGGGCAUUUUCUCCCUCUCGACAAUCAAUCCAAAUCUAAGUUCAAGGUUUCGCAGGAAUCUUGUAAAAUUGGGGUUCCUGUGUUUUUCCCCUGCACCGACUAGGAUUUGAACAUGAAGAUUUAGGAUUUAUUUUCCGCCUGAGUGAUUAGGCUUUCUAGUUGCCGAAGAUCUAGGAGAUAGAUUGGUUGAUCAGACUAGAGUACCCCUGCCUGUGUCCGAUAAUGCGCGAAGAUAACAUUGAUGAUGUGUUUGGCCACAAUCGUUCGGCUCUUGGAAAUCUAACCAAUCGUCCGCUCAAACGAAAGCUUUCGUCAAUUUUGAGUGAUUCAGGGAUUAAAACAAGGGAUGGGUGCGGCAAACCUGUGGACGGGAAAGAUGAAGAAUCCAGAUGCCCGAAGCACGUGCGUCUACAAGCAGCGGAAUAUGUCAAGGAGAACUGUGAACUUUCGUGUGGAGAAAACUGUUAUUCAAUGGGGCUGUCUAGGUUUAGUACGGAGAAGCUGGAGUCUGCUUGCUCUCCUGCUUCCAGUGAAGGUGAUACUGUUUUGUUUGAGAGAGCUAAAGAAACUGUGCAAUGUAAUUUGCCGAAUGAUGAAGCACAUCCUGAACAAGAGGAUGAGCACAGAAUUACAGACAGUGAAGCACUCGGACUUCCUUGCUUGCCCACUUCUGUAAUCCCUACUUGCCCCGAGGAUGACAAGGAAGACUGUCCUGGAUUUAUGAUGAACAAUGCUGAUACUGAAGCUGCAGUUGAUCCUGUUUCAAGGAAUGGUGAAAAGGAUAUUGGCAUUGGUAAAAUUGGUUCAAGCAAUCAUGACUCCACUCAAUGGUCGAGGUUACCUAUAUCAGAGGGUUCCAAGUCUCUGGCAUUGGAAAGGUGCUCAGGAUUCAAGACUGAUAAUUGUGCUAAUUUAGGCAUGUAUGACGACUUGCUUAAAACAUGUUCUUGUUCAUUCUGCUUGAAAGCAUCAUACAUUUGGUCAGACCUCCAUUACCAGGACAUCAAAGGACGGAUUUCGGCACUUAAGAAAAGCCAGAAAGAUGCGAGCAUCUUGGCUCAGAAAAGCAGCAAAGAGAAAGAUACUUAUCAUGAUCAAGGAAAUUCUUCCAAAUCAAAGCUAGAAUUUGAUCUUUGUGGUCAGUGGAUGUCACUGUUCCGUCAUAUGGAAGAUAUGUUUGCUCACGAAGGCAGCCAACUUCAAACCAGUUUUGUUACCCUCAAAGAUCUGAGAGAGGACUGCAAGAUGAAUCUGGAGAUGCUUAAUGGCAUGCCUUUGGAGAAGCAUUAGCGUGCUGUUGUUUUUCCUGCCAUUCUGGUGGUUGUGGGCUGUGUGGUUAGUAACUUAUGCUGUCCAUAUUUGUACUUUUGAACUUCUCACUCUGGAUAGGGUAGCUGUAUUAUAAAUUUGGAAUACAUGUAAAAUCAUCCGGUCUAUUUUUGAAUAGCUCUUAUCUUCAUCCUUGCGACUCCGCUUUCCUGUA